UCGUGACUCCCGCCCGGCCAGCCACGCGCCAAGCUCUUCCACCUCAUCCUCCCAUCACCGCCUUGCCUCCGCCCAUAUCCAUCCCUAACCCUUCCGUUCCCUUUAAUCUCAAGCGAGUCAAGAACGAUGCCCGUCCUCCGUGCUCUCCGUCCAUGCUCCCGACCUCCCCGUGGCCCCCGUGCCCACCCGGCCCGACGGACCCUCGUGAUUGUCCUGAUUGUCGCGCACAGCGCAGCACCAGCUCGACGACAGUCUGGCGAUCCGCGCGUCCGCGCCGCCGGGAUAACCGGGGCGACGUUGGCAGUGGCUGGCUACGAGGCCCUCACCGCUGGGCGAUCCGCGACCAUGGCAGGAUGGGCUGCUGCGUUGGCGGCUGCGCGCGCGCGGCGGCCCACGCGUGGACGUGGCAGCUGCGGCCUGCCAUCAUCAUGUCAAAUGUCUUGCGACGACCCCGGCCGCGCAUCGUACGGGAGGGAAAAAUCUGCUUAGGUGCCGCGGGUAUAUGAAGAAGCGGUCGGUCGGGGGGAGCGUGCGCGAGCAAGGCAUUGGCUGGAUUUGAUCGAGGCGUUUGUGUGCA